AAGAAUUGGGUAACCUGAGCAAUGUGGAGGUGCUUAUUUUGAGUCAUAAUAGCCUCAAUGGAAGCUUACCAACGCAAGGUUUUACGAGACUAGAGAUAUUAGAUUUGAGCUCAAAUCAAUUCAUCGGGUCCAUUCUUCCAUCUAUUGUGGCACUUCAUUCUCUAAAGGCAUUAUCUCUAUCUUUUAAUCAAUUUAACGACUCAUUACCAAAUCCUGAGGCAUUUAGAGCCAUGCCACCGAGAAAGAGCAGAGACAAAGAGGUUCAGCCAGCCCAGGCUGAACAUGCAGAUGACAGUUCACGCCAUUCUGAGGGUGAAAAUGAUCCCAUUACUUUUCUCUCAGUGUCACCUCUGGCAGAACGGUCCUAUGGGAAUCCAGUAUUUAAGGAGAACGAAGCAGACCGUGGGGGUGACUUUGCUGAAUCAAGUAAUGUGUUUAGCGAAGGCACUAGGGUGGUGCGAGAAACUGGGGAAGAAAGUCGCAGAAAACUGCAGGCUGUUUCAGAACAAGUGGUUGAGCAAGUGCGACAGCUCAGACCUGAGAUCCCUCUUCCAGUUGUUGAAAUGCCCAGGCAGAUUCAAGAAGCCCCAAUCCCAGCACUCAGGGGGCAAGGGAAUCAGCCUCAUCCUAACAUUCAACAGCAGAAUUUCUUCAUGGGUGAAGGGCAAAGACAACAUGAACCAAUGGAAGCUGUUGUUCCUGUUGCAGACCAUGGCCACCAACCUCAGCACAGAUAUCUUCCACCAGGCAGGAGGGAAAAUGUGUGUCCUCAUCAUCAACCCCAUUCAAGGGACUUUUUUCAGCCACAAGUUCCACCAACCCAACCAGUACAGCGUGACAAAGCGAAGGAAACCAUGGGAGUGGAUGCAGAUCCUUUCCCAGCUGUGUCUAUCGGUGUGAAUGUUGCAGACCUCAAGAGUGUUGCCAGAAAUCGUAGUCUGUCUUAUGCUCAAAGGAACCUUGCUGCCGAAGACUUGAGGUGGGUUCUUAAGGCACAGAGAUCCAGACAUAGUAGGAGUGUCAGGUCAAACCAACAAAGGCUCGGGGGCCAAGGAAGGAUCAUUGUGACCAGGAACUUCAGCCCAGAAGGUGCCAGACGUUACUCAACUGGUACUAGAUCUCCAAAGAUGGUCAAAUCGCCACUCAGGUCACUUUCUAGACGGUGGGAGAAAGUUAGUCAUCCCAAGUUUCUAGCCCAGAAUCCCAGAACCUUGAGGCGCAAACUACAAUGCAAGAGAGCUGAAGAGCGAAAAAAGCAAUCGAAGCAAGUGGAGGCUGAGGGAAGUUCAUCUCGCAGACCACGCCAACCUACCAAAAGGAACAUUGUGUGGGUGAGAAAAGAGAAAAAUGAGACUGUAACCCAGACUCUACUGAAGGAGGAUGACCAAUCUCCAGCUUCUCCAAAGGUGGCAUCUGUCAUUGUGAGUCAAGAUGGAGUUUUGAAAGCAACUUUUGAAACACAAGAACAGUCUGAGAAUCAUGGAGCUGAAUCAAAAGAAGAUGGCACUAUUCAUUUUGGGAAAUUCUCAGUGAAUUUGUCAUGUCUGGUGCUGACAUUACCCUUGGUUUUCCAAGCCAAGAAGGAGGAGGAACCAAUUGUCUGUGAGUUCCCAAAACAGACAGAAGAAGAGGCAAUCGUUGUUCCAGCUCAGGAUGAUGAAGAGGAGGACAUGGAUGACAAAAUAGUGUUUGAAAAACCAGAAGAAAAGAUGGCCAGACACAUUAGGCCACUUUAUAUCAAUGCUCACAUAGAUGGGACUCCAAUCAGCCGUGUCUUGGUGGAUAAUGGAGCUGCAGUCAAUGUCCUUCCAACUUGCAUGCUCUACAAAAUAAGCAAGUCUCUUGAUAAUUUAGUGCAUACUGAGGUUACAAUUAGUGAUUUUACAAGAGGAGUGAAUCAUUCAAGGGGUGUGCUGCCUGUUGAAUUAACAAUGGGAAAUAGGACACUGAUGUCUGCGUUUUUUGUGGUGGAUAUUGUUGCUACUUAUAAUGCACUUUUGGGGUGUGACGGGAUUCAUUCAACCAAUACUCACCUGGUGGAGGCUAGAUAUUAUGAAGAAGACAUUGGUACCAUUCGGUUUUUUGGGAUGGAUAAACAUGAGAAGCCGAUUGGGAUAACAGCAUGCAGCAGACCGUCAUUGUCUAAGCGUGUUGUAGAGGAAGUAGACAAGUCUAAAAUUGUUCAUGAAGGCGAGGAGGCAGACCAGGGUGAUGAAAUAACUUUGGAGGAGCUGGAUCUUGCCCCAGCCAAGUUGGAUGAUUUAAAAACUGAAGUUCAAGACCCACUAGAGGAAAUCAAUCUAGGGUAUGAAAGUGAGCAAAAGGUGACAUUUUUUAGCGACUCUCUUGAGCCGCAGACACAAGAUCAAAUUGUUAGACUUUUGCAUGAAUUUAAAGACUGUUUUGCUAGGGAUUACUCAGAAAUGCCAGCUACACCAAAGGAUGAGUAUCCUAUGCCAAUUGCAGACUUGUUGGUUGAUGGAGUAGCCUGUCACAAAAUUCUAUCUUUCAUGGAUGGUCAUAGUGGGUACAACCAAAUUGUUAUUGCAGAUGUAGACGUUCCAAAAACAGCCUUUCGAUGUCCAGGUGCUGUUGGAACUUUUGAAUGGGUUGUGAUGCCAUUUGGUCUGAAAAAUGCUGAAGCUACCUAUCAAAGAGCCAUGAAUGCAAUUUUUCAUGAUAUGAUUGGUACGUUCAUGGAAAUCUAUAUUGAUGAUGUUGUGGUCAAGUCACAUGGGGAAGCAGACCACCUGGUCCAAUUGAGGAAGGCUUUUGAGCGUAUGAGGCAACAUGGCUUGAAAAUGAACCCACUAAAGUGUGCCUUUGGAGUGUCUGCGGGUAACUUCCUUGGGUACUUGGUGCAUGAGCGUGGUCUGGAGGUUGACAAGAACAAAGCCAGGGCUGUGAUUGAAGCAAAACCACCACAGAACAAGAAGGAGUUGCAGAGAUUUCUUGGCCAAGUUAAUUUCUUAAGACGUUUCAUUUCUAACUUGGCUAGGAAAACCAGAGUCUUUUCUCCUCUGUUGAAACUCAAGUUUGAGGCGGAUUUUAAGUGGGAAGAACACCACCAGUUUGCCUUUGAUAUGAUAAAAUGUACAGAAACCAUGUCUGGAGCUGGAGUCGUGAUAAUCUCCCCAUCUGGGCUAAAAACACAGAUGUCUUUCCAGCUGGAUUUUGAUUGCACAAAUAAUCAAGCAGAAUAUGAAACUUUGAUUAUUGGUCUUGAGAUGUUAGUAGAGUUUAAAGUAUUCAUGGUUGAGGUUAUAGGGGACUCACAACUAGCCUUGAAGCAAUUGUCUGGUUUGCGAAUUCCUGAAGGUGUAAUGCAGAAAGUUGUAAUAGUUGAAAAGCACAGUCUGCCGUCAAUUCAUCAACGUGGCAUACCAGUUUCUACUUGUAGCAUUGAUGUCACCCAGAUAGAUUGGCACUUUCCAAAUAUUCAGUACCUUAAGGAUCAAAGCACUAAGGUAUCUAGGAAAACCAAAAUGCAAGCUCUCAAUUAUGUUUUGAUUGAGGAUGUGCUUUAUAUGAGAGGCCAUGAUGAACCACUGCUACGUUGUCUGGGUCCAGAUCAAAGUUUCCAAAUGCUGUCUAAUGUCCAUGAUGGGAUUUGUGGUGCACAUCAGGCUGGGAUCAAGAUGUGCUGGCUAAUUCGCAGACAUGGUUUCUUCUGGCCAUCUGUCCUGAAAAACUGUAUUGCUUAUGCUAAGGGCUGCAAAUCUUGUCAAAUCCAUGGGCCACUUCAAAGAGUUCCAGCCUUUGAAUUGAAUUCUAUUGUGAAACCGUGGCCAUUUCGAGGUUGGGCUAUUGACUUGAUUGACCAAGGCACAGUUUUUGUCAGCCAUCAAGUGGAGGCAUUUGCAAAGGAAAUGGGUUUCCGUCUGUUAAAUUCUACUCCUCAUUAUGCACAAGCUAAUGGGCAAGCGAAGGCUUCUAAUAAGGUGGUGAUUAAUUUGCUUGAAAAAAUGGUGGAUGACAACCCCAGACGCUGGCAUGAACUGUUGUCUGAAACACUGUGGGCUUAUAGAACUCCACAAAGAAGUUCAACCAAAAUGACACUUUUUGCCUUGACAUAUGGCCAUGAUGUAGUCUUGCCAAUGGAGUUAACAGCCAAGUCUUUAAGAAUAGCGAUUCAACAUAAUCUCCAGUCUGGGGAAUAUGACGAGGCUAUGAUACUUGAGCUUGAGGACUUUGAAGACACACGUUUGGCAACUUUGGAUAGAUUGCAAGCUCAAAAACUCAAAAUUGCAAAGUCUUACAACAAAAGGGUAAAAGGUAAAAAUCUGGCAGUUGGUGACUGGAUCUAGAAAGCAAUUUUACCUCUUGGCAAGAAAGAUCACAGAUUUGGGAAAUGGUCCCCAAAUUGGGAAUGACCAUUUCAAAUUCAUGAAGUGUUGAAAGGGGCUGCUUAUUGGUUGGAGUCACUUGAUGGAGAGCUUCAUCCUAGAAAAAUCAAUGGAAUUUAUCUCAAGCCUUAUUACCCCACAGUCUGGGAGGCAAGACGCUUAGAGUCCCAAGAAGCUGUCUGAGCCAGGUUCAUACUUCUGUCUGUGCAUAAAUAAGUUGAUUUGCU